AUGAGUUCCAGUGUCUGUUACAAAUGCAGCCGACCAGGACAUUUCGCCAGGGAGUGUUCUCAACCUGGAAACCGAGAUAGUGGUUCUCGCGAUAGUUUCAGCCGUGGCCGCGAGAAAUGUUACAAAUGCAAUAGAUUUGGACACUUUGCGCGUGAGUGCAAGGAGGAGUCUGAGAGGUGUUAUCGCUGUAACGGAGAGGGGCAUUUCGCAAAGGAUUGUCCACAAAGCCCUGAUGAGCCGUCUUGCUACAAUUGUAAUAAACCCGGUCACAUUGCGCGUAGUUGCCCCGAAGCUGGUGGUUCUUCGGCCGCACAAGUUUGUUACAACUGUAACAAAAAAGGACAUUUGUCGAGGAAUUGUCCGGAGGGAAGGAAGACGUGUUACGUAUGUGGUGAGCCAGGCCACAUUAGUCGUGACUGUGACCAACAGGAUAAUAGAAAAUAG